AUGAAUCCAGAACUUCGCUAUCAGGUCAUCAAUAUCUACAAAGAGCUCCUCUUUCUCGGUCGCAACUAUCCUCUGGGCUACGACUACUUUCGGAACAGGCUACACAAGGCAUUCACCAGCCAGGCACAUUUGGAGGAUGAAGAACAAAUUCGGAAGGGUAUAGCACGAGCGGAAUUUGUCAAGAAAGAAAUCGAGGCUCUCUACUACCUCAAGCGGUAUCGCACGUUGAAACAGCGCUAUGAGAACAAAUAG